UAUUUUUCGCACUUCCAUUAGGGCUCUUGUGGGCUUAUUUUUCGUACUUUCAUUAGAGAAGUCAUUUUUCUCAAUAUUUAAGGAACUUAUUCUCUUAAAAAAAUAUUUUUAAAUAUUUUGACCAACUGAACAUGAGAAAAUUUCAGAAAAUGUUUUGCUCCAUACCGAACACACCCUUACUUCCAUCUUUCUUUCAUUGGUUCAUAGUUCAUACUUGUGAUCAACGCUUUAUUAGUUGGAAAAUUAUUGACCGGAACCACUUUUUGUUUUUCCUUUUUGUGGCUUCAUUGUCUUUAAAAAAUAGUGAACCUUACAGUUUGUUGAACUCAGAGAGCUUGUUGAUGUGAAGCAUAAACCUAGUAAGAUCGUGCUAUCGUUGUUGUUAUGGGUUGCGCAGUUUCUAAAAAAGAUAGGGUAAGAUCUGUAUUGGCAGAUCCUGUUGCACUUGCUUCUGAAACAAUUUUCACUGUCAGUGAAGUAGAAGCUUUGCUGAAUCUGUACAAGAAAUUGAGCUGCUCCAUCAGCAAGGACGGGCUGAUCCAGAAGGAAGAACUCUUGCUGGCACUUUUCAAGAACCAUAAGAAGGAAAACCUUUUCGCAGACAGGAUAUUUUCCCUUUUUGAUGCUAAGCAGAAUGGACAAAUUGACUUUGAAGAAUUUAUACGAGCAUUGAGUAUUUUCCAUCCAAGGACUCCUGAAUCUGAGAAAAUUGCAAAUGCAUUUAAAUUGUAUGAUCUUAGGCACACUGGCUACAUUGAGCGCGAGGAGUUGAAGGAGAUGGUCAUGGCUCUUCUUGAAGAAUCUGAUCUUCACCUUUCAGAUGAUGUUGUUGAAGCCAUUGUCGACAAGACAUUUAAAGAAACAGAUACAAAGGGUGAUGGCAGGAUCGACCAAGAGGAGUGGAGAGAAUAUGCUGCUAAAAAUCCAACAUUAUUAAGAAACAUGACUCUUCCGCAUUUAAUGGAUGUAAAUUUAGCAUUUCCAAGCUUUGUCUUGGGCACAGGAGCAGAAGACUCGGAAUUUAUAGACUAUUGAUUUGAUAAGCGGGAGAAUCUACCUCCACGUAAAUGGUGCAUUAGCAUAGAAAAAAACAUUUGUUCUGGUGUGGUUGCAUUGCUAUGAUUAUCUAAUUUCAGAAAGCAAAUGAACUCCCUGACAAAUGUGUUCAGCUGCUAAUUUUGAACAUAGUUUUCUGA